CAAACAAUUAGCCAAUAAUAAAUUUACACGACAAAUCUCGUAGAUCCACGUCAGGUUUUUGUUUAUUCGAAUGGGAGCUUAUAGACCGGCGAAAAAAUUUAGUCGCAUUGUUGUAAUUACUCUUUAAAAAGUAGCAAGAUGCGGUGGCUAGUCUUUGUAAUUUUGGGUAUAUUUUUCCUAUGUACCAUUGUAAAUGCUGAUGAAAUUGAUGAACCUUCGGUAGAAAAAGAUAUUGGAAGCAGUCGAGAUGGUUCCAGAACUGAUGAUGAAGUCGUGCAGAGGGAAGAAGAAGCCAUCAAAAUUGAUGGUCUCAAUGUCGCCCAAGUUAAAGAAAUGCGGGAAAAAGCAGAAAAAUUCAUUUUCCAAGCCGAGGUAAAUCGUAUGAUGAAAUUAAUUAUAAACUCUCUCUACCGAAACAAAGAGAUUUUCCUUAGAGAAUUGAUAUCCAAUGCCUCUGAUGCUCUGGACAAAAUUCGAGUGCUCUCUCUUACCGAUAAAGCUGCACUUUCUGCUACUGAAAAACUUCACAUACGUAUAAAAAGUGAUAAAGAAAAUAACGCUCUUCAUAUUACCGACACCGGUAUAGGUAUGACCAAAGCCGAACUCAUAGCAAAUUUGGGUACAAUAGCUAAGUCUGGAACUUCAGAUUUCUUGCAAAAAGUGGGAGAAACGCAGAGUGCGACUGAACUAACCGAUAUGAUUGGUCAGUUUGGCGUCGGUUUUUAUUCCUCGUUUUUAGUAGCAGAUAAAGUUGUUGUUACCAGUAAACACAAUGAUGAUGUUCAACAUAUAUGGGAGUCUGAUGCCAGCGCUUUCAACAUCGUGGACGAUCCACGAGGGCCCACUCUUCUUCGUGGCACUACUGUCAGUUUAUAUUUGAAGGAAGAGGCGAGAGAUUUCUUAGAAGAAGACACCUUGCGUAAUUUAAUCAAAAAGUACAGCCAGUUCAUCAAUUUCCCCAUAUACCUGUGGUCCACAAAAACUGAAACCGUCGAAGAGCCCAUCGAGGAGGAAGAAAAGACCGAUGCCACUACAGAUUCUCCUGCGGAGGACGAAGAUGCUAAGGUAGAAGAAGAAAGUGAAGAAGAGAAACCCAAAACGAAGAAAGUAGAAAAAACUGUCAGCGAUUGGGAGCUGGUAAAUGUUUCUAAGCCCAUCUGGACGCGGAAACCCUCGGAGAUUGAGAGCGAAGAAUAUGACGAGUUCUACAAAUCCAUCACUAAAGAUUCAUCCGAUCCUUUGGCUAAGACUCAUUUUAUCGCGGAGGGUGAAGUUACUUUCAAAUCUCUGUUAUUUGUUCCCAGCGUGCAACCGUCCGAAUCUUUCAACAGGUACGGUACAAAAGUCGACCACAUCAAACUGUACGUUCGCAGAGUGUUCAUAACGGACGAUUUCCAAGACAUGAUGCCCAACUACCUCAGCUUCGUGAAGGGAGUCGUGGAUUCCGACGACUUGCCCCUCAACGUCUCUCGAGAGACCUUGCAGCAACACAAGCUGUUGAAAGUGAUCAAGAAAAAGCUAGUUAGAAAAACAUUGGACAUGAUUAAAAAAAUCCCCAAAGAAGAAUAUGAAAAGUUCUGGAAGGAAUACAGCACGAACGUAAAACUCGGAGUCAUCGAAGAUCCGAGCAACAGGACCAGACUGGCCAAACUCGUUCGCUUCCUUUCUUCGAAUGAUUCUAAAAAUUAUACGUCUCUUUCCGAGUACGUGGAGCGGAUGAAAGAAAAACAAGAGCAUAUUUACUAUAUGGCAGGUGCUUCUUUAGACGAAGUUGAGAAAUCGCCGUUUGUAGAGCGGCUAUUGAAGAAAGGCUACGAAGUUCUGUAUCUCACGGAACCGGUCGACGAGUAUGCCAUUUCUGCAUUGCCCGAAUUCGAGGGUAAGAAAUUCCAAAAUGUAGCGAAAGACGGUUUGAGGUUAGACGAAGGCGAAAAAGCUAAAGAAGUACAAGAUUCUUUAAUGAAAGAAUACGAACCCUUAAUAAAAUGGUUGGAGGAGGAUGUUUUAAAAGACAAGGUCAGCAAAGCCGUUGUUUCUCAACGUUUACAUUCCUCACCCUGCGCUCUGGUGGCCAGCCAGUUCGGCUGGACGGGUAACAUGGAAAGAUUGGCUUCCAGUAAUGCCCACAGUAAAAUUCAGGACACGACACGAGAAUAUUACUUGAGCCAGAAAAAAACUCUAGAAAUCAAUCCUCGCCAUCCACUGAUGAAAGAGCUUUUGAGACGGGUGCAGUCCGAUAAAACGGACGAGGCCGCCAAACAGAUGGCCAACAUCAUGUUCGAGACCGCGACACUCAGGUCUGGAUUCAUGUUGAAGGACACAAGCAGUUUUGCGCAGCGUGUUGAGAGCCUGCUUCGCAAGUCGCUGGGCGUGUCCGACGACGCACAGAUCGACGAGGAGCCGGAAAUAGUGGAAGACUUAGAAGAAGAGACUAAAGCCGAAGAGGAAGAAUUUACGGAUUCGGACCAUGAUGAACUUUGAACUGUAUUUUAGUAAGUAACGGACACACUUAUUCAUUUAUCACCUCACUCCAUAACUUAAUUUAUAUAGAUUUCCAUCAUUGCAUUACUUAAUUCAAGGUUAUUAAAAACUUGAAUACAUGGGUGAUUUUUCUAUGAAAAUUAUGUAAACAAAAGGCAAUUUAUCUUAAUGUUUCUGUUUGACUUUUUUAAUUUUCUAUGAAAUUUUUUUUUUCCUGUAUAAUUGUGAAAAAAUGAAGCUGUAUGUUUGAAAGAACUGUUUAAUCUGUAAGGGCCAGUCUGUUCAUAUUUACCAUCUGUGCUGCAAGUUUGAAUUGUCUGUUUUUUAGGCUUCCGUAAUAAAAUGUAAAGAUAGGUUAUGCAUUAGGAAGUCUUGUAUUAUUUAUAAUAAAAUAUUGACAUCUGA